AUGGAGAGUUUUGUGAUGGCCAAUAAUUCCAGCGAAAUUAAGUACGAAUGGAACGGUUCCACAACAUCACUAGUAAUCUUCACCGUCUUGACCUUGCUCAUGAACGGAUACAUUCUCCUUCUAUUCGCCAUCAAACGCACCUUGCACACCCCGUUCGCAGUGUACCUAAUCAGUCUGUUAUGCGCCAACAUCUUUCAGACGUUCGCGGAUCUGCUCAAUCUUUUAACCUACACCCGACAGCGCUGGUACUUCACCUCGUUCUUAUGCAGUGUGGCCAUCUACAGUGAAUGGGUGGGCGGGGCCGCUGUUCUGCACAGCCACCUGACUAUCACGCUCAAUCGCAUCUGGGCGUCGACCUUCCCCAUCCACUACCGCAACUAUCAUUCCAUUCGUACCGCGGUGUUGUUUUGCCUGCUGAUGCUCGGAUAUUGUCACCUGCUAACUGGGCCGCUACUGCUAAUAGACUAUCUGUACUACCGCCCCGGGAUGGCGAACGCUACGGAGUGCACCAUUGCCAUGGACGCGCAACCGCAGUAUGCCGGGUUCGUAGACGUGUGGGUAUACGUCGUUCCGAUGCUCGUCAUGCUGCUGUCGUAUCCGUAUUUGCUGUGGAAACGCAAACAGUUAGGGAAAGUCACGGAGAGUCCGGCGGUGACAAACGGCGGGGUUCCCAACGGGAAAGCGACGGCGGACAGUAGUCAUGGUUUCCGGGUGUUGACGGCGUUGACGGGUAGUAUUGUCAUCUGCUGGGCGCCUGAGAAGAUCUACUGGAUGCUGCUGGCGUUCUGGGGUGUGGAUGUAACGGUGCUGAAAGAAGCGGCGAAUCUGAUGUACUCCGUGCAGACGGUGCUUGAUCCGCUGCUGUUUGCCGUCGCCCUGAAGGAUCUGAAGGUGGUGAUUAUAGCGCAAUGGCGAACAGCGUUCCUUCUGUGUUACGGGCGCCGCCCACGAUAG